UAGUACGUGAUUAGUGAAUGUGAAAUUUUAUAUAAAAUGUCACAGAUUACGAUGGAGUAGAACUUGUUUUAAGUUGUAAUACAUCUUAAUUGAACAUAAAAAUAACAUAGUAAAUGAAAUAAAAGCUUCACGGAGCUAUUUUCCUCGCCUGAAGUAGGUCCGUAUUGUGCUUUCUGAAGUUUCUUAUCGACCUGUUUUUAAGUAAUGUAGGUAUCAUAAAAAUAUGUUUAGAAACAACCGUGACGUCACAAUAAUAAAAAUAUCGCGAAAUCUAUCUAAAACGCUAAAUUUAGAAAACAAUACUACAUAAAAAACAAGAUGGGAGGUGCUGUGAGUUCUGGAAAUGACAAUAAUGAACUAGUCGAUAAUUUGGUGCGGGAAAAGUAUAUACGAAGUAAUAAGAUCGAACAAGUGUUUCGGGCCUUGGAUCGGGCGAAUUACAUGACCCCAGAUUCCUAUGAUCAAGCUUAUAAGGACCUGGCAUGGAUGGAUGGCCCUCUUCAUCUGUCUUCGCCAUGCAUUUACAGCGAGGUAAUGGAGGGACUGAUGCUACACAAGGGCCUGUCAUUCCUCAACAUUGGGUCCGGGACGGGCUACCUCAGCUCCAUGGUAGGGUUAAUCCUCGGCUGCCAGGGCAUCAACCAUGGAGUGGAAGUACACCCAGAUGUUCACGAAUAUGCUGUGUCAAAACUGGCUACACUCCUGGAGACCAGCCCUGUCAUAGAUGAUUUUGAUUUCUGCCAGCCAAAGUUUUAUAAUGGUAAUGGGUUAUGCCUUGUGCCCCUUAAGUCUGGCUACGACCGUGUCUACUGCGGAGCGGCCUGCCCCAAAGAAUAUGCAUCAUACUUUAGAAAUCUUCUUAAGGUGGGUGGCAUCCUGGUGAUGCCGCUGGAGAGCAAGCUAGUGCAGAUCCGGCGCGUCGGCCGCAACAGGUGGGAGUCGCGCACGCUGCUCAGCGUCACUUUCGCCCCGCUGCGCCUGCCCACAUCAGAUGAGUCCAAGAAGCUGCUCAAAUUAGACGAGCAGGUGCCGCCGCGGCUGCAGGAGCUGUGUCGCGGCGCGGUGCGGGUGGCGGUGCGCGGCUCGCUGCUGGCCCGCCACCCCGAGCUCCGCCCGCGCGUCGCCCGCGCCCCGCCCCCCGCCCCGCGCCGCCCGCGCCGCAUCUGCAUCCCCGUGGACGCGCCGCCGCCGCACCUCGGCGCGCUGCACGACCUCGACGCGGACGGCGGCGCCGACGAGAUGAACGCGCUGCUCAACCUCGUCAUAAGCAUGGGCCACAGCCGCGUCGCCGGUGCGCUCCGCUACGACCGCGUCGACUCCGAUUCCGAGCAUUCCGACGACGCCGAGCCGCCGCGCCCGCCGCGUCCCGCCGCCCGCGCCCGCCGCCCCCGCGACCUCCGCAGGGAUUCCAGGAAGAAGACGAGGGCGGACGCGCGACCCGCGAAGAAGGACAGGCGCGGCUCCAAACUCGCGGCGGAGGCAGAGGACGGGGGGCAGGCCGCGGGGGCGCAGACGCGCUCGCGUCGUCGCGCCGCCGCCGACGCCGCGCCCUCCACGUCCCGCCCGCAGGAGGACCAGAAGCUCGCCAAGCGAAAGGACUCCAAGUCCCAGUCGAAAGUCCAGGAGAAAGCCCGAAGGCCGCUGAGGCGGAGCAGAAAAUAUCAGGAUUCCGAGGAUAAUUCUAGGGAUGAAAAUGACUCUAACUCGGGCGGAUCGGACGAGGACGCGGCCGGUAGCGGGGUCUCGGACAGCAGCGAGUGGGCGAGCGAGGAGGAGACGCGGCCGGCAGCGCGCGCCAAGCGGCAGAAGCUGGACAGCGGGCUGGGCGGCUCCUCCCCCAGCGCCUCGCCCCCGUCCCGCCCCUCGUCCCAGCCCGACCUCCCCGACGAUGACGUCACCGACAUAGAGGAGGACGAGGAACCCGCCCAACCCUGUCCUAAAGCGUCUCGCGCGGUGGGCGGGGCGGACGCGCGGUGCGUGCGCGUGUCGCGGAUGAUGCGGUGCGGCGUCGCGAGUCUGCCGCUGCCGCCCGCGCUUAACAGGUUUAUCAACUUGGAUCGUGACCCCGAGGAAGAAUAGAUCUGCCGCAACAAGUGUUACCAUCAACUUCACCUGGAAAUGAAAAAUAAUUAAGACUUUAAAGUAAGAAUGAUAUUUUCACCUAUAUUGUCAGCUAUUUCAAUCCUGUUUUGUUUUGUUUUCGCUGGGCUAAUUCUCAAGUAAUAAAUGUCAUUGAAAAUUGGUCACUCAGCUUAACAUAAAUUUCUGAAAGUUUAUUGACAUAAACUCACUUAACCCCGUCUCAUGUUUAUUACAUUCAAAUUUCAGUUGCAUUUAAAUAUAACUGCCUACUAAAUGGGUGUAAAAUAUACUUGGUACAAUAUUAAAUUGUUUAAUAUCUAUCAUUCGAUCCUGCGCCUAAACUGUCACCACUCACCAGUCAUGUGUACUGCGCACAUUCGUAGGCACUUCAAAAUAACUAACAGUUUACAAUAAUUAAGUUUUAUUCAAAAAGUUAAAAUCUCAACAUAAAAUAUUAAAAAAGUAAAAUAAUAUAAAUAAUAUUUUUGUGUAUUUUGCUUUAUAAGAAUUUCUGGAAACGAAAUCUUUUAUCAAUACCAUAAUAUGAUCAGAGAAUUAUAAAGUUUGGCGUUGUGAGGCUUUAGAAAUUGUGAAGAAAAGAAGAAUUUACACCACUCUGCCAUGGUCUUUCUGACUAGUCUUUUAUUGUUAUGAUCUAGUUAUAUUAAGAAUAUCAUAGACAUAAACUAUGAAUUGAGCAUCUAGAUUCUAGUAUUUUGAUCAUCAUAAAGAACAGACAUCGUGACAUAGUGUUGUCCUUUUGUAACUUACUGUUUUCAUGAAUACUUUGUAGUAGAACCGUAAAUACUAGUAUUGAUCAGUGUAUAGUUUAUGUCUAUGAAAACAAUUAAUGAUAUUUCACACAGUUGGCAACGAAUGUCUUGCCUUUUUGUGCUCAUUUUAGUUUCGAUUCGUUGCAAAACUGUAUCAGAGACUGCAAAAUUGUUUAUAUAGAGUACU